GAAAUAUAACACAUUAUUAUCAAUCAAUCCAAGAAAUGGGUUAUGACCGGUUCGGACCAGUUCUAGCCAUGGGCAUAGUUUUAAUGAUAAUUGUAUCGAUCCAGGUCUCAGCUCAGCGCCCAACUCCAAGUCAGUGCUCUCGUGAGAGACAACAAGGCAUUGACAACUGUAAGGAAAUGAUUUUUGGGAAACCUCCUUCUGCCGCUUGUUGUAGGGUCAUAAGAACCGGUCAUUAUGAAUGUGCCUGCCCCGCCAUCGAUGCAAAGUUGGCGGCUCUUCUCGAUGUCAAGAAGGUGUCGAAGAUCUUAAGAGACUGUGGCCGAGCUGUUCCACGCCGAUUCAAGUGUGGAAGCUUAUACUUUCCAUGAAGAGUUGGAUGAUGAAAGUUUGGGGUUGAUUGUGAUUGUGUGGUGGAGAGAAUGAGAGAUUAUUUAUAAGUUUGAAUAUGAAAUAAAUAAAUUGGAGAUCUUGUCUUCUUUUUCACUUAAUUUUCUUAUUAUUCUUACUUAAAAUAAGAUAUUUUUCUAUAUGUAUUAAUAUG